AGUAUGUUUCCUAAUUGAGUAUGCAUGGAAUUCAACUUCAUGCAGGAUAUGUCAGUUUUCCAUUACUGCCACAUACAUAUAUUAUACAUUAUAAAUACAUAUACUCGGUACAUCCGCUAGCCAUAAUAAUAAGGAUUUACAGGUUCUCUAAUAUACUAUUUGUGUAAUUAGCAGAUCUUUUAUUUUCCUGCAUCUUAAAAUCCCCACUUCUAAAAGAUCCAUGGAGCCUGGAAGAAGAAGAAGCUUAAGGAGGAGGCCUAAUAAGAUUGAGAAAGUCCUAAGAGAUGGUAACAAUGAUGGCUAUAGCACUCCAUUCUUGCCCAAUGAUAUGAUCUUGGAAAUUCUCAAAAGGCUUCCUGCCAAGUCUCUUAUGAGAUUCAAGUGUGUUUCUAAAGGAUGGCUCAAUAUGAUUCUCCAUCCUUUCCUCAUAGAAUCUCACCAAAACCACGCCCGAACCCGCCUCGAUGCCUCUCACCGCUUGUUUGCCUAUGAUCAGUGUGAUAAGCUCUUAUUAUCUUACCAUUACCAUGAUCACCCAGAUCUUCUUAUCCACACAAUCUUCUCCACAAAAAAGAAUCGUGAGUUUCAAAGAAUCUCCAACAUUGCCAACGGUCUUAUUUGUGUUUACAUUUACGACAUCGGUUGUCGGGGAAAACGAUCUCUUUGGUUGAUAAACCUUGCCACAAUGCAAAAGAGAUCUCUCCCAAUCCCAAGCUUGUGCUGCUCACAAACAAGCAUCUAUUUUCUUGGGUUUGAUUCAUCCUCCAAAAACUACAAAGUUCUUCAUUUUUGUCACGGGAAAGAAUAUCAUCAUGAUUAUCAUUGUCAGGUUCUCACUUUGGGAAGACGGAGAUGGAGGCGAGUCGUCGGGCCAAAUCCUGGUAAAGAACUUGUAGCGGAUGAGGCUAUGUCCACGGAUGGAAGAAUAUAUUUUAAGAUGGGAAAUAAAGAUCUUCAUGUCCUGCCAUUUUUUGACUUGCAUACGGAAAAGUUUGAACAUCUUUCUGUUCCAGAAGCCUCUAUUCAUCGAGAAGGUCCUGUGGGAUGGCACUACGACGACCCUUAUUAUUAUCAAGACAUUUUAGAGAUUAGAGGAAAGUUGGGACUCAUCCGUGAAUUGAAAGUUUGGAUUUUGGAGGAGACCGGUUGGAUUGAAAAGAGCAUAAUCCUUCCGAAUCACGUUUAUAACGCUACAACUGUUGGUCAUGAAAGCAAUAGCAAGAUUAUCCUUAAGUCUUCUCAAGGGAUCUCGUACUACCUCUAUGAUUUGGACACACCCGAGUGUAGAGAAGCUCCAGGAAUCACUAUGCACGAUUUCAACUUUAGGAAUUACUUAUUGGGUUCAAAUCUUUCUUCAGAUGUUUGUAGCACAAAAUUCUUCAACUAUAUUGAAAAUAUUACAACAUUGUGAAUUAUUCAAUUCCCAUCAUCUGUCCUAUAUUAUUUUUCAAUGAAACAUUUUUUGGAUUCCCG